AUGAACAACUGGGGCAACUGGCAGUGGGGCGAGGACAUGUGGCUCGACCAGUGCUUGCUGACCGUCGCUCACACCAAGCGGAUCUAUGUGGGGCAAAUGCUGGCCGAGGACCACUGCAAUAAAUGGCCUGGAUGGGAUCAGUGCAACUCCCAAGAGAUCGUCGCGUAUCAUCCCUACAAGAGCGCAGACAGCUACAUUGCUUGCACUGCCACUGGCCUCACCACCACGGCCACGACCUCCCGGACCCUCACGUGGACGACGACCGGCACCACCGUCACAGUGACGCAGACGACCACCACGGUGUCCAACAUGAACCCUGUACAGCAACUGGAGAACAUGCUGGGAAGCCUUUUCAGGCACUGA